AUGAGUGAUAAUAAACACUACUACCAAGAGAUUAUGGCUAUGAACAAGUCAUACGAUGAUACAUUUAAUGCAUUAUACAAGCUAAAGACAUACAAAGAAGACGAAAUCAACAAAAUUUUUGAAGGUAUGAAAACAAACUUAAUCGAUAAGGAAGCAUUUUCUCCAUCACAGAUGUGCAAAAUAGUUGCAAAUCUAGCAAGACACAGAAACAAAUAUUUUAAAUCUUAUUGGACAAUUUUCAUAAAAAUUUAUAAUCAAUAUCAACCAAAUUCAAUCAACAAAAUGUGUUCUGUUUUUGAUUAUUUUAUGAACAAAGAGUAUGGUAUCAUUUUCAAUAAAUCAAACAUGCAAUAUUUCAAACAAUUCGAAGCUGAGAAAUUUUCAUUGGAUGUUCAUGAACCAGGCACUAUCUACAGGGCAAUUAUGGAUGAUGACAAGUUAUCAUUUAUAGCUCUCAUCAAUUGCGCAGGAUUUGAUAAAGACAACAGGCUUAAAAGUGGAUUUUAUCCAGAUUCAAAAGAAGGAUAUUCAUUACUUGAAUUAUGCUGUUAUCAUGGUGCCGUUGAUUGUUUUAAGCUGCUUAGAACAAAAUUCAACUCAAAAAUUUCAGAUAAAUGUCUCGCAUUUGCAUUUUUAAGUGAAAACAAAGAAAUUAUGAGUGAGUGCUUGAAAGUUGUUGAGCCAGUCAUAACAAGACUCCCAAAUGACAAAUGCAUGGAAUAUGCACUUAUUUCACACAACAUCGACUUGGUCACAUAUCUGAUUGAUGAAUACCAUAUGGAACUUGAUCUAUUCCAAUGUGGAAUAUGUCAUAAUCUUCAAGCAUUUUCAGUUUACUUAGAUAGCAAAAGGAAUAUCGACAAAUGCUUCGCAUAUUCACCAUUAUUCAAUAUUCCAUCUCUUUGUAAAUAUUUACUUUCACAAGGAGCAAACAUCAAGUAUGAACCAAUAAGAGCCCAGUCAGCCCUUUAUUAUUCAGCAAUUUCAGAUAAUAAAAUUACAGCCGAAUUUCUUAUUUCGCGUGGUGUUCCAUUGUAUACCAAGGAAAUUAAAAAGUCACCACUUUGUAUUGCUGCGGAAUAUGAUAGCAGUGGAGUAGCAGAUGUCCUUCUUUCACAUGAUUCACAUAAAAAUGUUCCUUAUCAUGUUUACGAGCUGCCUAUUCAUAUUGCAGCAGAAAAUAAUAGCGUGGAAACAGCUAAAGUUCUUCGCUCGCAUCAUGUAUCGAUCAAUGCAAGGGAUAAAACAAAUAAGUUUACUCCUCUUUAUUGUGCAGCAGAAAAAAAUAGUGUAGAGAUGGCCGAAUAUCUCAUUUCACGUAAAGCAAUCAUUGAUGCACUAGAUCAAGGUGAACAAACACCUCUCCAUUUCACUGCAUUGAAUGAUAAUGCAGAAGUACUUGAAGUCCUCACUUCUCAUGGUGCAAAUGUUAAUAUUAGAAAUUGUCUCGGAAAUGCACCCAUUCAUAUGGCUGCAUCUAGAUUCCAAAAAAGAGCAUGUCUUGUUUUGUUUUCACAUGGUGUAAAUGUUAAUGCAAAAGAUGAUGAAGGAAAGACAAUUCUUCAUUAUGCGGCCGAAUUUAAUGAUGAAAAAAUGAUAAAGUUCUUUCUCGCGCACGGUGCAAGGAAAGAUGUUGUAGUUUUUUCCAGAAAAAAGCCAUAUCAAUUAGCUAGAAGCCCUGAAAUACAGAAAUUAUUGACUCCACGUAGUUCUAAAUGUUAA